AUGUGCCACUUUUCAGGUCUCCUCACACUGCUGGUGUGUUCCAUUUUUUGUCAUAGGGUGCUGGCAGAUUACGGGCCUCCCAUAGCUGCUGCCAGGCCCCUAAUCUGCCAUGGGCCCCUGUACCGCCUCCUCAUGCUGCUGCCAGGUCCAGAGUCUCUCAUGGGUCCCUGUACGGCCUCCCAUUGCUGCUGUCUCCAUCGCCACACUCUGCCAUGUGCCACUUUCAGGUCUCCUCACACUGCUGGUGGUUUCCAUUUUUGUCAUAGGGUGCUGUAUGGCCUCCCAUUGCUGCUUCUGCCUCCACCGCCACACUGUGGCUCCACACUCUGGUCUUGGCCCCCCGUGACUGCCCAAAUGAGUGAAGUGUGCUGUGAUUCUAAGAUCGACGGCACUCAUCUGCAUGUCAUACUGACUGUCAGUAUUAUUUCUCUUCCCCAGCAGACUCCAAGGGCAUUUAAAUUAAAGGUACAGUGUUCUGCACUAAUAUAA